UCAUUAGCAGCAGCUCUGUGUGCAUGUUACUGUUAGCCAGCUCUGCAAGGGAGUUUCUUCAGGGAGUGAAGAAAAGCCUAUGAACUGUUGGGAGAUUCUAAAUCUUUCCUUGAGAUGUCAGCCAAGAGCUUCAGCAUAGUCACAGCUGCUGCAGUGCUUAUUCUCUUCCAAAAGACACAGCUCUCAGUGCAAGCACCGUUAAAUGGAUCUAAGUGGUCUUACAUUGGUCCUGAUGGAGAGAAAACUUGGCCCAAGAAGUAUCCAUUUUGUGGAGGAGUAUUCCAGUCUCCAAUAGAUUUUCAUAAUGAUAUUCUCCAAUAUGAUACCACUCUCUUACCUUUAGAGCUUGUAGGCUACAAUGUGUCCUCCACUGACCACUUCAUGUUGACCAAUAAUGGUCAUUCAGUAAGAAUGAGUCUGUUUCCUACCAUGCACAUCAGAAACCUCCCUUUCCAAUACACCGCAACUCAGCUUCACCUACACUGGGGAAACAGGAACAAGCCAGAAGGCUCGGAGCACACAGUCAGUGGAAGGCAUUUUGCAGCAGAGCUUCAUAUUGUACAUUAUAACUCUGAUAAAUAUCCCGAUGUAACAGCAGCAAUAGACAAAUCAGAUGGGCUAGCAGUUUUGGCUAUUCUCAUUGAGAUAGGCCCAUUCAAUCCAUCCUAUGAGAAGAUCUUCAGUCAUUUCCAGAAUGUGAAAUACAAAGACCAGGUAGCUCUAGUCCCAGGUUUUGACAUCCAAGAACUGCUUCCUGACCAACUGGAUGAGUAUUAUCGCUAUGAAGGAUCCCUGACCACUCCUCCUUGUUUCCCUAGUGUUCUCUGGACAGUUUUCCGACACCCGGUAAAAGUUUCACAAGAACAGCUGCUGGCACUGGAAACAGCUCUGUACUGCACACAACCCAAUGACCCCGCACCCCUGGAAAUGGUUAAUAACUUCAGACACAUUCAGGAGUUUGAUGAAAGGCUGGUUUCUGUAUCCUUCCGUCAAGGUGUUGUCCUUUCAGUUGUGUUAGCCAGUGUUCUUGGAGUUAUCAUCAUGCUUGUAGUAGCCUUUUGGCUGCUUAGGAAGAAGAGUUGCAAAAAGGAACGAGAAGACAACAGAAGAGUCAUCUACAAGCCAGCCUUUGACAAAGAGGAUGACAACACCUCUAAAGUAUGAAUUCCUACUCUGCCACAGCAGUCUCUUUUCAUUCAUGGCAUCAAGAGAAGUUUGCCUUGGGCAACAUAUUUCUUGUCUCCAGCCAGUUAUAAACCUUGGAUGCACUUUUAAAACAAAGCAGCCAAAACACUCUGUGGUACUCCUUGCCCACCUGAACCAAACCAGUUUUCUCCUAAGCAUGAAAAGCAGUCAGAGAACUUUUUUGUUUUUAUGACAAAUAUGACAAAAUGUCACUGACAUGAAGAAAUGUCCAAAAACUACACACCUGUUAAAGUUUGUCCUAAAUUACCUGGCAAUCUAACCAAAUGCUUGUCUAUUUGCACAAGAGCUUAGAGAGAUGUAAUCAGCCAGUAUUCUGGCUGGACUUGAAGACCAUUUUCAUAGAAUCUUAGAAAUGCCGGGCUGGAAGAGACCUUGAGAAAUUCAUGUUGGGCCUUUUUAAUUUAUUAAUUAAUGAUAAACUUGAGCUUUAUAGGCUGUUCAUGCGACAUAUUUCCCACAAAACACUGAAGUCUAAAGACAUUCAUUAAUCAGUUAUCACUACUGUAUGGGGGUGUCUAUAUCCACUUCCCCACUAAAAAUUAGAAUUGGGUGCUUCUCCAACAGUGGGAGGUUUAGCAGGAGCGGCACCAGGGUUUUUGAGUAGCAGCCGUGUUAGUCUGUAUCCGCAAAAAGAAGAACAGGAGUACUUGUGGCACCUUAGAGACUAACAAAUUUAUUA